ACUGAAAAAAGAGCAGAUUCUGCAACAAGAUUAUUUUCCUUAAUUAUAAGGUGCAUUCUUUCCUAAAUUGAUUCAAAAUAAACCAGCAACUUUCUAACCCGACUAAAAUAACUUACCAUCAUUCUCAUCUUUUUUGUAUGGCCAUACAUUCAACAUUUCUUUACUAAUUACAACAUUCAAAUCAUUAUAUAUACCAAACCCUCUUCUUCUUUUUUCAAAACUUCUCCUCAAGAUUUUUUUCCCAAAGAAAAAAAAAACCAUUUUUUAUCCAAAGGAAAAAAAAAACCAUUUUGAAAGUGAAAAAUGAGUUUGGAAGAUGAGAGAUUUCCUGUGGGAUUGAGGGUUUUGGUUGUGGAUGAUGACAUAACUUGUCUUGCGUUGAUGGAGAAUCUCCUUCAGAGAUGCCAUUAUCAUGUGACUACGACGAACCAAGCAAAGGAAGCGCUGAGGAUGUUGAAAGAAAACAAGAACAAGUUUGAUAUUGUGAUCACCGAUGUUGAGAUGCCGGACAUGGAUGGUAUUAAGCUUCUUCAGCUUGUGGGUCUUGAGAUGAAUCUACCCGUCAUUAUGCUAUCAGCUUAUAGUGAUACGAAGCGAGUUAUGCAAGGGAUCAGGAAUGGUGCUUGUGACUAUUUGGUGAAACCUGUAAGAAUACAGGAGCUGCAAAACAUAUGGCAGCAUGUCGUGAGGAGAAACAAGUCUGUGCCCCUCCAAAGAACGGCUGACCAAGCAGGUGGAAGCAGUACUCCUGAUUCAACUGGUAAUACAGCGCAAGAUAAUUCUGGUGAUGACAACGAUGAUGACGAUGAAUUGGAAGAGGGUGGCCGUGACAAUGAGGACUCGGCAACCCAGAAAAAGCCCAGACUUUUCUGGUCUGUUGAGCUGCAUCAGAAGUUUGUAGAUGCUGUCAACCAAUUAGGCCUUGAUAAGGCCUUUCCUAAGAAGAUUCUUGACCUAAUGGACGUUGAAGGCCUAACAAGAGAAAAAGUUGCGAGCCAUUUGCAGAAAUAUAGGCUUUACCUGCGGAAGGUAAAUUCUGGUUCGAGCCUGCAGCCAGGAAACAGGCUUGGUGUGUUUGGGGGUGAGGAUGCGCACAUAGGUUCUCUUGGGGGAGGCUACGGAAUUUAUCGCAGUCUGGCAGGGCCAGGAAGAUUUCCUGGUAUUACAUCUUUACCAGAUCAGUCAGGAGGUAUGCUUGGUCGGUUGAACACAGCUGCUGGGUUAAGUAUUAGAGGCCUUUCUUCUUCUCCAAUGCUUCAAACACCCCCUCAACUCCCAAACUCAAGCAACUCCUUCAACACUCUUGGCAAGUUUGACCCUUCGAGUUUUUCUGCAACAACCCAGAAUGCUAAUUUGUUUCAAAAUAUUCCUACGACAAUGCAAAUUAGUAAGUCGCCUCUUCUAAGUCCACCAACCAACUCCAUGAUGUUGAAUGGUAACCCGUCAUUAAACUCAAGAGACUUCAGUGACCAACCAUCUUUCUUUUCACCCUCUUCAAAUUAUAGAGCCUUAGGGACUGGGGGUACUGCAAAUUUGCUCGAUCCUAAUUCCAGACCCAAUUGGGGGACUCCCAUUCCACCAGCAGUUCAGUCACUUCCAUUCUCGCAAGAUGCACUUCCAGCUAAUGUCUCCAGUGAUGGCAUUGCUCCUGUUCAUGCUCAAAUUCAGAACGAUCCACUUGAUAUUUUUUGCGGAAUCUCUUCUUUGGAUGAUUUGAAAGGAAGCCUACAAAGCCAAGACUGUAUAAGUGGUCCCAGUAAUAACUUCAAUAACCUGGGACAUCCACAAAUAUGGCAGGAUCAAAGGCCUGAUUAUCUUCUCAACUCCUGUAAUAUUCCCCACACUUCAAGCUCCUUGAUCACGGCUGUCGCUCCAACAGCUGGAGAGAAUGAAAGACAAAGCAAUAAUAACAUGAUGAGCGCUUCACCUUUCAGCCAGUUGGAAGGUGUCUCUUCACAAAUUCUGCAGCAGAAUGAAGUUCAGAAAUCUAUUGACGACUCAAAUCUCAAGUUUGAUGAAAAUUUUUUACUGAGUGAUCCAAAGCUUCUCUCUGCUUCAAGCCAGAGUACUAAUUCUGAAUACUUGGAGGAUAUUGUGGGAAGGUUUCUUAAACAGGGAAAUGGCGAAACUGCAACAGGACGAGAAGACUUUGGGCUUGAUCCCUUCCUCAUGUAG